GAAAAUAAAAGAGUUAGUCGACAAUUAGUCUUUCAACAAGUGACACUUUAGUCAGCAGUCUUGAUCAGCUGCCCAUAAAACCCACAAUUUAUAUCGAGCGUGAAUUAUAGAGUCAUCAUGGUGAUGUGGAAAAAAGGAAGCGAUGCGUUGUACGUGGAUCUUAUCAGCGAAGCAGGACCGAAAGGCAUAUGCAUUGACACUGAUGAGCAAGGGAACAUUGUUGUAGCAGAUCUAAGAUCUAAUGCGGCAACGAAUCCGUUGCGUGCAGAUAAAACGAUCUCCACACUCAACAAAAGUGAUGCAACGUCAGUUGAAAAACGUAGCAAGGGAAACGAGCUGUUUGUCCGACAGCAGUGGUUCGAAGCAAUGGAAAUGUACAACGAAAGCCUUUGCUUUGCUGAAAAGGGAUCUGUCAAUGCCAGUUUGGCCUAUGCGAAUCGGGCAUUCACCUUUUUGAAGUUGGAAAUGUACAAUGAAUGUUUCGCUGAUAUCGAGUUGGCUAAAAAGGCUGGCUACCCGGAGAUGUCAAAAUUGGAGCAGCGAAAGGCGAUUUGUUCGAACAGUAUGAAAGAAGAUACAGAUUCGCCGAACGCUAGAUGGAAACCGAAGCUGGACUACGAUCCGAAUGAGAAAUUUCCAUGCCUGGCAAACAUUUUAAACAUUGAGCGCAGUGGUGACUGCGACGUUGCGGUUGUUGCUAACGAGGAUAUUGCUGUUGGCCGAAUCAUUGCAAUGGAAGAAUCAUUUACGGUCAGUCUACAUCAACGAUUCGGAUGGAAAUGUUGCAUUUGCUUGAAGCAUUCGGUCAAUUUGGUUCCGUGUACAAAUUGCACGGUAGCUAUGUUCUGUUCCGACGAAUGUCGUGAAAGUUUCCUUCACAAGGACGAAUGCGGGAAAAUGAUGAAAUGUGAACAGAUGGAGCAAAUGCGAGGAAUUCUGAUUGCAAUCAAUUCAUUCGCGAACGCAGACGAGCUAAUGGAUUUCGUCGAAGAAACCAUCCAAAGUGAUUGCAACGAAACACCGGAAAAUUUGAUAGACACUCGGUCCAAAUACCGCAUCUUUCUCAAAUUGUCGUUGCAUUCAAAACUGUGCGGGUCGGAGUUUUUCGGUGCUCAGUAUGUCUAUCCAAUCUACAAAUUUCUGCUGGACAUUCCACGGAUUGGCACAUUUUUCAACUCGUUAAAACAUCAACGCUUUCUGAUGCAUCUAAUCGGUCAUCACGUUCAAAUUGGUCAUCGUAACACACGAAUGAUAAAACAACAAAAUCUCGGCGAUAGAGUGAUGCAGAUGGAAUCACAGUACAGUUUCACCGGGCUGCUCCAAAAAUACUUUACCCAUUCGUGCGCACCGAAUGUUCAAAUGAUUUCGUUUGACAACAUGUCCAUCUAUUUUACUGUUCGACCGGUCCGAAAGGGUGACACAUUGCAACAAUCAUUCUUCCCUUUCCUGCAAGAGUCGAGAAAGCUUAGACAAAGUGUCCUGUUGGAGCAAAAGGAAAUAGUUUGUAAAUGCAUUCGAUGUAGAGGUCCUAAUGCAUCGUACUCGAUGCGUCAACGUAUGACACAAGAUCCAGAUUAUUGUUACAUUGCAUCAAACGGUUCAUCUUCAACACAAAUUAUCCUCAACUAUGAAGAAUUGGUCAAGCGAAGCGAUGACUUUUUGACAAAGUAUGGUCGUGAGAUAUGGUGUGACGAAAUUGCAGGAGUGGUCACGCUGUGUAUUACACUUAAGCGACUCGAAAUACAAGGCUUCACGCUACAAGUGCCGGGAAAGGGGGGAAACUAAAUAGUAAGGUGUUAGCAAACUGUAACCUAAUCUAGAGGUCUUUAACGAUGAAUCAUCAAUUUUUAUUUUUCAUUUGAAAUGAUUUGUUUGAAAAACGUUGUAAAUUCCAUUCUCUCUUAAUAAACUUAAAUAAUUAUGAAUUCA